AUGUUCCGCCUCGCCGCCCUCGCCGCCCCGCGCUACUUCGCCUCUACCCGCUCCGCCAUGGCGCCCGAGAUCCAGGCCCUCGUCGACAAGACGAUCGCAGACAACAAGGUGGUCGUCUUCUCCAAGUCCUACUGCCCCUACUGCAAGCGUGCCAAGCAGUACCUCGCCCAAGACACCACCGACCUCCUCGUCCUCGAGCUCGAUGAGAGGGAAGACGGCUCCCAAAUCCAGGCCUACCUUCCCACCCUCUCUGGCUUCUCCACCGUGCCCCAGAUCUUCAUCAACAAGGAGUCUAUCGGUGGUUCCAGCGACCUCCUCAAGCUCUCCCACGACCAGGUCAAGGCCAAGAUUGCUGCCUAA